UACCCUUAUAUUUAUAGUUUUUAAAUGUUUGCCUAUAUUACUUUAUAAAAUCAAAUAGCAAGAACUUAGUACAUUACCUCCAGUUUGGGCUUGUUUUGUCUUUCCUUUUCUUGGCUGGCCAUCUUUUGAGCUAUGUGCACCAGAUGGUUCCAGACAAGUAUCCAACAUUAUGUAAAAUGUAAUCAAGAGAUUUUACAGUUUAUGCAAUUUUGAAAAGCGGUUGUUGAUACAAAUCUAGUUUGUCAAUGGUAUACAACUUGAUAAAAGAAAAGAGAAUCAAUAAAACUUUGCAUCUUGUUAAGUUUGGUGGCAGAGUGGUUGGCGCGCCUGUAAUCUAGGUUCAGGGCUCGCCGCUGCUGUUAUUGAAGGCGUGUGUUUUGGUAAGUCAUCUGACGCCAGUUGUUUCACCCACGGGUCAUUGGUGGGUUGUCUAAAUUAUAAGCCAUACACAAAAUACAAUCACCUAACAGAGUAACGGUUAGUCACAUAUACGUGGAAACUUAUAAGCGGCACGACUCACCAGGUGAAAACAAAACAUAACACCCGUGUUAUAACGACUCUUGUUUUUUCCACCACUCGAGCAAGCUACAUACAUUUAUUGAUUUAUUCAUAUACCAGAACUUUCCAAGCUCUCACCAAAAAAUCGGUAGAGUAUUCUUUGCUUUCACUAAGCUGACUUCAUUUUAAACUUAGCGCCAUCAUUGUAGUUAAAUCAUAUUUUAUAGAGGGCACCAUGGGUCUACCCAAAGUUAGUAUAGACCAAGUUAGGAAACGGCGGACUCUAGUUUUGGCGUUUGGACUGAAUGGUCGCAAUGCCUCAGUCUAGUUACGCUGCAAAAGUUUCUGCGCCCUCUCUGAUGAGAAGAGCUGCAUGUUUGGCAGUAAGAACGAUAAAUAUAAUGGUAGAGGAAGAGCUCUGUAAGCUAGUUAAGGAAGUUGAUUUCGCACUCGAAAAGCUUGUUGGUAUUGCAAGCAAAAAAGGUAAUUUGGUGGAUUUUACUUGUAAGGAUCGAGCAGGAGCCAUUGAACUGACGGACAAAUUGUCAAAACAUGGCAGCAUCAAGGCUGUCCGCCUGUAUGAAAGCACCAAAACAAGAGUUGCCAUCGGUUGGGUUCCAAUACCUAUGGAAAAUGAAGCUAUAAAGAAGUUCGUCGAAACACAUUUUUGUAAAGUGGACUACAUCUACAGCAAAAAGAAUAAGCUUGGCCUCUUAUCGGGAUUAAGGAUUCUGAACAUCGAAACAAAAGAUAUAAAAGAAAACCCAAUACCGUCCUAUAUUAACAUUGAUGGAUUUGAAUGUUAUGUGUCAUAUACCGGCCAAUCCAUUACCUGUAAAUACUGCCAAAAGCCAGGUCACAAGCAAGCAGAGUGCCCUGUCAGAACAAAGGACUACCCUUCAUUAUCGCAACAGGCCGAAGGCGGAAACGACACGAAUUCCAACCAGAACUAACGACAGACAAAAACAUGUUCCAGUGCAUUCAGUGUGAUUCGCUCUCAAUUGCAUGUAAUUGUGGAACAUUGAACGAAGUACCGGCACCACAAGACAGUAAGAAAUGCGCCAACCCAAGAUGCGAACACAGGAUUUUCACAUGUAGUUGCGGGAUUGUUAAACCAGCUCUCGUUGGAGCUAACGAACGA